AUGAAGCUCAUAUUCUCUGCUGUUGCUCUGGUUUUCGGGGCUGCUCUUCCCAGACAUGUUGCCGGACACUUUACCUUACAGUGCUCCGUCCUCGUUCUUACCGGAGCCAAUUUGCAGGCAGAGUGUGACAACGAUGCUGGAGAACUCGAGUUUACCUCGAUAAAUCUGAAUAACUGCGUUGCCUUUCUAGAUGAUCAACUCGAGUGUGGAAACGGAGGCGGAUACACCUCAUCCUGCACUGAUUGCUCUAUAUCGCAACAGGGCAUGCUGAGCUGUUCGUGCACCGACGAGGAUGGCGAUAUUAGUGGACAAAGCCUUGGCCUUAACAAUUGCAUUUUCGUCAACGAUGGUAAUUUGGCUUGCUAA